CUUCCUGCCCGAGCACUUCAGUUCAGGAAGAAGAAAUGAUGGCGACGCUUCUGGGGUCCGAGUCCCCUUGUACUGGAGGAAAACGGAGAAAUUGCAGUAGCAAUAUCAUCACAAAGUUCACGGCCAGUAAAAUUACUGGCCAGGGUUUCAGUCGAGGGACACAGCUCCCAGGAGGCCUGCUCCAGGAGAGAGAUAAACGAGCCAAGUGGAAUGGCAUCCCUACUCUGCUGCAGAAGCUCUACGAGAGCAGCCAUCCCAACAGUGACCUCUCUCAUGCCCACAGCCUUCUUAAGGUGUUAUCAUCCCAGCUCUCCAUGGAGGCCAUGUCUUUUGUCACAGAGGACAGGAAGACCGCUCAGGAAUCCACCUUCCCCAACACGUACACCUUUGACCUCUUUGGUGGAGUUGAUCUGCUUGUGGAGAUCUUGAUGAGACCCACACUAACUAUGCAGAAGAAAAAACCCAAAAUGAAUGAUGACUUGGUCAAGGACAGCCUUAGUGUUCUCUACAACUGUUGUAUAUGUACGGAGGGGGUCACAAAGAGCCUGGCAGCGAGGGAUGACUUUGUUUUGUUUCUCUUCACCCUGAUGACAAACAAGAAGACCUUCCUACAGACUGCUACUCUAAUUGAAGAUAUUCUUGGAGUCAAAAAGGAGAUGAUCCACUUAGAGGGCAUCCCCAACCUGUCAGGUCUGGUUCAGAGCUUCGACCAACAACAGCUGGCCAACUUCUGCCGCAUCCUGUCUGUCACCAUCUCAGAACCUGAUGUAGGAAAUGAUGACAAGCACACUCUGUUGGCAAAAAAUGCCCAGCAGAAACGUAAUGCCAGCCCAUCGCGGGCGGAGGUCAACCAGGUAACCCUGCUGAACAUCCCGGGCUUUAUUGAGCGGCUGUGUAAACUGGCCACCAGAAAGGUGUCUGAGGCCACAGGAGCUAACUUCCUGCAGGAGCUGGAGGACUGGUACACAUGGUUGGACAACGCUCUGGUGCUGGACGCCCUCAUGCAGAUGGCGACUGAGGAGGCUGAACAAAGCAGUACAGAAUCAUCAGAUGAGAGUUCCCUGGCCACCAGCCCUCUGAGACAUCGACUGCCCCAGUCUAUGAAGAUCGUCCAUGAGAUCAUGUAUAAAGUGGAAGUGCUCUAUGUGCUGUGUGUCCUUCUCAUGGGGCGACAGAGGAACCAGGUUCACAAGAUGCUGGCUGAGUUCCGUCUCAUCCCGGGACUCAAUAACCUGUUUGACAAGCUGAUCUGGAGGAAAUACACUGCUUCAAAUCAUGUGGUGCACGGCCAGAACGAGAACUGCGACUGUAGUCCAGAAAUAUCUUUCAAAAUCCAGUUCUUGCGGUUACUCCAGAGUUUCAGUGAUCACCAUGAGAACAAGUACCUCCUGUUGAAUAGCCAGGAGCUGAAUGAACUGAGUGCCAUAUCCAUGAAGGCUAACAUCCCCGAGGUAGAAGCUCUGGUCAACACAGACAGAAGCUUAGUGUGUGACGGGAAGAAGGGCCUCCUCACGCGCCUCCUCACUGUCAUGAAGAGGGAGCCUCCAGACUCGUCCUUUAGAUUCUGGCAGGCGAGGGCAGUGGAAAGUUUUCUCAGAGGAGCCACCUCCUAUGCAGACCAAAUGUUCCUUCUGAAGAGGGGACUACUAGAGCACAUCCUGUUCUGCAUCAUAGAUAGUGGCUGUACAUCCAGAGAUGUCCUGCAGAGCUACUUUGAUCUGCUUGGAGAGCUCAUGAAGUUCAACAUUGAUGCCUUCAAAAGAUUCAACAAAUACGUCAACACUCCAGAGAAGUUUCAGACCUUCCUGACGCAGAUCAACAGCUCUCUGGUGGACUCUAACAUGCUGGUGCGCUGCAUUGUUCUGUCAUUGGACCGCUUUGAGAGCCAAACUGAAGAUGUCAAAGUGGUGGAGGUGCUGUCUGAGUGCUGUCUGCUGUCCUACAUGGCCAGAGUUGAGAACAGGCUCUCCUUCCUUUUCCGACUGAUCAACAUCAUCAACGUACAGACGCUCACACAGGAGAAUGUGAGCUGUUUAAACACCAGUUUGGUCAUCUUGAUGCUGGCCAGAAGAAAGGCUAAACUGCCCUUCUAUCUCAACGCCUUGCGUGAGAAGGAGUAUGCUGAGAAGUACCCGGGCUGCCUGCUCAACAACUUCCACAACCUACUGCGCUUCUGGCAGCGUCACUACCUCAACAAGGACAAAGACAGCACCUGUCUGGAGAACAGCUCCUGUAUCCCCUUCAGCUACUGGAAGGAGACGGUGUCAGUGCUGCUGGGCUCAGACAGGACUUCUCUGUGUGCCAUAGCGAGCUACAUUGAUGAGCCCUUCAUGGAUCUGGACAGAGACCUGCUGGAAGAUUGACCCUCAGGGUGUGCACUCAGUGCGCUGGGGAUGGGGCAGGGCAGAGGGUCACAGGGAGCAUGGACACCUGAAGCUGGUGAGGACUCCACUGAGCCGAGCCAUCCAGGCGUUUAAAUGACUGCGUUUCUGGAUGUAAAGACUCGCCUGUCUGCUGUCUGCACCUUCGCAUGGAGGCCAUCACCACAGAUGGGGAGGGGGCGUAAUUUGCCCGGCUGUUGUCGUCUCACUAAGUAACCGUCCUCUCCUUCAGAGGAAGAGGGGGAGGAAACCUGUAUGCUCACCCCAGAUUGCCCACACGUUCUAAAAAACAGACAAUUAAAGGACCUCGGGAAAUGACACCUGCAUUGGUUGUUUGCUUUAGGUGAAAUUCAAAUAGAGCCUUUUAUAUAACCUAUACAAAAUUCUAUGAAAAAAAUAUGUAUGAUUCAACAAAUUAUAUGUUAGGAAAAGGAUUCUUUUCACGUGGACUUGGUUUGGAAAUGGCCACAGAUUGAGCUAUCACCCAGAUGUGCAGGUCAGUGGUGCGUCACAGGGCUGCCAGGAGUCACUGCCCUCACUGUCCCACUACCUACACGCUCGCUGUCGACUCUCUGCCACUCCACUGCCUGACCUGUGGUGAGAAACCGCUGAUGUUGGAGUAUUUGCAGGGGUCUUCUUAGUGAACAGCAUUUUCAUUUAGUCUAUCUGUGGGUCUACUUUAUUAGGUGGCUGUUGUUGAUCGGUGCUUUCUGGCUCUACUCAGCACAUUUAGGUAGCUUGUGGGCCGGUUGACAUGUUUCACAAAUCUUUUCGGGGCUCCUCGCACCUACAACCAUCCACUCUGUCGUGGCUUCAGAAGCUUCACCCAGGGACCCGUUUCUUUUUUCCGGUUAUUUUUGUCGAUUCAUUUUUGUCUUGUUGAAAACAAUGGCUUUUAGCUCUGGAUAAAACUGUAGAAUAAAACAUUGCACAGAUUAAAUUGUUUUUAUUGUUUAUUCUAUUUUAACACAUUUGUUUAAAAAAAAAACAAAAAAAACAUCUUCAUUUUGUAACAGAAUUUGUAUCCAUGUUGUGAGAGAUGCUUUGGGAAGAGAAUAAACUAUGCAGGUGCUAAUGUUAAGAUACCACUUUCAUUGUUCCACUCCACACAAAGUUUGUUUUAUGUCAAUUAGCCUUCAGCCCAAAAUCAUCACUGGAUUGAAAGUCUACAACUUUCUCUUGUCUGUGCUAUUUCUCAAAAUCAGUUUCUGACUACAAACUGAGAAUGACAAUCUUUCUGUGUGAUGGCUCUUUUUGCAUGGUACCACUUGAUCUGUAGCUGCACGGCUGUGUCGACAUGGUGUCCGCAGCCCGAAUAUGUGCAGCUGUUUUGUGUAAAUGGAGGAUGGCGAGCUGAACAGAUAUCUGGUGUCUCAAAUUAAACAGACCCAACCCGAGAUAAGUACAAAUGAAUGAGCUACCUCAUAUUUUAUCCUGACAUCGUACAGAUCAAACCACUUGGAAUGGCAAGUGUAGUGUACAGUUUUACUCCCAGCAUGUCAUGAAUCAUAACACAUGUUCAUGUGAAUGUAUAAGGGCAUUUCUACAGUUGGCCCCUGAUGCCAUGAGUUACUAAUGCUAUGCCGCCUUUGGGAUGCAAACACACACCUCCUUUACACUUUGAAAGCCUUUUAUUUGCUUUAAAGCUGAUUAACCAGAAAUGUUUCCUUUUUUUUUUUUCUAGCUUUUGCAAUCAUUCAGCAUGUCUUAAAUCUCUUGAUGGUUGUGCACAUACUUUAAAUUAGUUCAUCUUUUGUGCUUUGCAGUGGAGUUAAUGCAAGUGCACUUUACAAGUGCUUCUCUCUUACAGACUCUCAGUUUCUUUGCUGGAUGCCCGAGAUGAUUGCUGUUAUUCUUGAUAACAUGAUGUGAUUUGAACACAGGGUACUUCUGCCGUGGUGUUACGUUCUGAGUACUGAUCGUGUGUUAUCAUUGAUCUGAAUCACUCCAUUCAUCCACCGUGGAGGUCAGUGAAGCUGUUGCUAUAAAAACAUGAAUGUUGUGAGCCCUCUUCGGAGCAGUUAUAUAAACAAUCUCUGAACCCUGACUUCAGUAGCUUUUUGAUCAGAAUUUCUGAGAGUGAUCUUUAUGUAGUGAUCUAGUAAGCCUUAGAUUUCAUUCACUCAUUACUUUAUCUAGAAAAAUGAUGAAACCUUACCCUCUUGGCUAAGAACAUGCUGCAUAAUGUUUAAUAUAACACUCGUAUUUGUUUUUCAUUUUCGACCCCUGAUAUUUUGACUUUAUCAGCUGUAGAUUUAUGUAAUGUUUGGCAUGAUGAGGAUGAUAUUAGACACAUUUUGCAAUCACUCUUAAACACACAGUCACGUGCACGUAGAUGACGCCUUUAAAGACUCAUUCAAAACCACUCAGACUUCUAAAUGAUUGUAUCUUACUUCAGCAGGAUUAACAGCAACAAUUAUCUUUUAGACAUGCUGACGGUGGAUAAUAUUUAUGGUAUAAAGUUAACAUUCAUUUUUAAAAACAACCCAUAUUUUUUUUAUUUUUUUUUAUUUGUGUUUGCGUUGAAUAGUGUGAAAAUCUCUUAUGGUCGUGUUAAAAAAUUCACACGUCUUGAUCUCUUUCUAACGCUGUAUGACCAUCAAACAGAGAGAAGAAUCAUGUCUGCGUUUCAUAUUCUACUAUAACCACUUCUGUAACCAACUUUCACCUUCAUGUUCCUCCUCUAAUGCUGGUAUUGAACUUAAUUUUCCUUAUUUAACAGCUGUUUGUCAAAUUAAUAAUAUAAUAAAUUCUUCUUUGGACCUUC